CCAUAUCUUAAUUUCUCAUCAGUAGCUAAUGUCUCUGUCUCUUUUAUAUGGGGAAUUUAUAUCUGAGAUCGAUCGUUUUGGGUUAGAGGGAGGGAGCUGAGAAUUUGAUCACUGUAGCUCGAUGAAUUUUGUUUCUGCAUUAGUUAAUUUGCUCGCUCUUGCCUUGUUAUCUGUUAAUGCACGCAACGAUGCUGAGAAUUCUAGAAACUAGGGGAAAUAAAACAAUCGUAGCCAAACCCCCAAAAAAGUGUUCUUCAUCACAUGGCCUCCUUUGAUGGGCCAAAGUUCAAGAUGACUGAUGGCUCUUAUGUUCAGACUAAGACCAUUGAUGUUGGAUCAUCAAGAGACAUCUCCCCGUACCUUUCACUUUUAAGAGAAGAUUCGAUCUUGAAUGGAAACCGAGCCGUGAUUUUCGAUGUAUACUGGGACGUCGGAGUUCCUGAAACUGAAACCAAAACCAAAACGUCAGGAUGGAGUCUGUCAUCUGUGAAGCUGAGCACAAAAAACCUAUGUCUCUUCCUUCGACUUUCUAAACCGUUUCACGACAAUCUCAAGGAUCUGUACCGUUUCUUUGCUUCCAAGUUCGUCACUUUUGUAGGAGUGCAGAUCGAAGAAGACCUAAACUUGCUCAGAGAAAACCAUGGUCUUGAGAUUAGAAAUGCGAUUAACAUUGGGAAAUUGGCUGCGAAAGCCCGUGGAACUCUGGUGCUUGAGUUUCUUGGGACAAGAGAAUUGGCGCACAGGGUAUUGUGGUCUGAUUUGAGUCAGCUGGAUUCGAUUGAGGCCAAAUGGGAGGAGGCAGAGGCUGAAGAACAUCUUGAGGCUGCAGCCAUUGAAGGAUGGCUCAUUGUCAAUGUUUGGGAUCAGUUAUCCGAGUAAUUUACUACUUAUCUUUGUGAAUUGUGAUAACUACUUUUUUCUUUUGUGUUCUUUUGAUGAAAUGACUUGUAAUUUUGUGACUGAAUCUUAAGUGAUCCGUUUGUAUGUUGUUUGAUGCGAUCAUCAACAAUUCACUAAACAAAAAGUCGACAGUUUCAGAGAA